GGCGAGAUCAACUGGGACUGCCCGUGCCUCGGCGGCAUGGCCGACGGGCCCUGCGGCGACGAGUUCAAGGCGGCCUUCUCGUGCUUUGUCUACUCCGAGGCCGAGCCCAAGGGCAUCGACUGCGUCGACAAGUUCCGCGGCAUGCAGGAGUGCUUCCGCCGCCACCCGGACAUCUACGGCGACGGUGCGUCUCUCCCUCUCUCUCUCUGUGUCCUUCCUCGCCCUCGUCCCUAG